AAAUUUUCUAGACGCUUAUUUCAUAUCUUUGAACAGUCUCGCUUUGUGCAAAAAUCGCAGCAAGUUUUCGCAAUUUUUAUUAGAUUCUUUCUCACUCUACAAACCGCGUACGUGAACCGAAUACGUGUAUACUCGCUUUCCUAGAAAGAUAUUAGCGUCGCGCGCCUAUCAAAGUUGCUGUUUAAAUCGAGCGACUCUAGCCGAGGCCGAGGCCGCGUGCGCGUGCGCGUCGGGCAGAUCGCUGACGCAGGGAGUACGUCAGCUGUUUUGUUAGGCUCUCGCCGAGGAGACGUGCGUGUGCGUCCGUCAGCGUUAGAGGAAUGGUGUUGCAUUGUUGACUGGUGGGGCAUCCUUCUCUCGCGCAACUUUCGUCGUUGCACGGUAACGGACGCGCUCCUUUGUUCGUCGUGUACGCACCCGUGAGAAAGACUGCGUGACGCUUCUGCGUGCGACGAGGGAAUCGCGAAACGCGCGCGUGUGUGAUCGCGCGUGUGCCUCCUGCCCCGUGUGUGUCGUGUAUGUGUGCGCGUGUGUGCGCGGGGGCUCGUGCUCGCCUCCGUUACUACUCCGGAGUCACGCUUAUACAGGAGGAGUCCCGUCCGCGCUGAUCCCGCGGGAGAUCAGCAGGUGAUCGUACGACGCGACAUUUAUCGGGACGUCCUCGCCCGCUCGGGAUAUCAAGACCGCGUGGUGAUACUUGGUGAGAGGCUUGGAGCGAGGAACAUGGCACAGCCGACGAGUAGCGCGCUACGGGCGCUCGCCCUGGAAUACAAGAGCCUGCAGGAGGAGCCCGUCGAGGGCUUCCGCGUCAAGCUGGUCAACGAGGACAAUAUGUUCGAGUGGGAAGUCGCGAUCUUCGGUCCGCCCGACACUCUUUACCAGGGCGGAUAUUUCAAGGCACACAUGAAGUUCCCGCCGGAUUAUCCGUACAGUCCACCGAGCAUUCGUUUCAUGACAAAAGUUUGGCACCCGAAUGUAUAUGAGAAUGGUGAUUUGUGCAUAUCAAUCCUGCAUCCACCCGUAGAUGAUCCACAAAGCGGCGAGCUGCCUUGCGAGAGGUGGAAUCCGACGCAAAAUGUCAGAACUAUCCUGCUAUCGGUGAUCUCGUUGCUGAACGAACCCAACACAUAUAGUCCUGCCAACGUGGACGCAUCCAUCAUGUAUAGACGUUGGCGUGAUUCCAAAGGAAGAGACAAAGAAUAUGAAAAUAUCAUAAGGAAACAAGCCCAAGCUGCCAAGAUGGAAGCUGAAAAGGAAGGUAUCGUCGUACCCGUGACUCUGGAAGAUUACUGCAUAAAGACUCGAGCGAGGCCAGCCGAGCAACAGUUAGACAUGACAGAUUUUUAUGAUGACGAAUACGAGCUAGAUGACGACGAAGAUGAGCAACUUAGCGCGACCGAUUACGAGGACGGCGACGAUAGUGGCAACGGAGAAUCGUGAUCCAUUUCUUAAAUAAUAUUAAUACCAUAAAAAAACCGAACCGCUAAUUAUUAUUAUUAUAUAUAUAUAUAUAUAUCAGUUCUGUAUAGAUUAAUAAAUUAACGAGCUUCUAAACCGGAUGAUUUCUCUCUUUAUUUUUCUUUUUUCAGGAUGCGUUACAAAAAUUCAAGUAAACAUUCUCUUGGCACAAGAGAACUAAACACUCCGAGAACGAUUUAAAUAAGAAUUUAUGUGUCUCUCUUAAGCCAUCUUCAAUUAUCAUAUAUUUCCAUAAAACAAGUCAAUUCCACUAGUCUAUCAUAAGCUUUUGUUAAAAGUAAAAAAAAAUGAAAUAAUCAUAUUCGUCUAUGUACCACAUGCUUUCACAAUUUUUAAUUUUUAUUGUAUGAAGUAAUAUGGAUUAUUUGUUGAUGGUUUAUGAAAGAUAAUAUUCCUUAACCCUCGUAUUAUCGAAAUAUUAAUUAGAUGUAUAGUGAACAUUCGGUCAUUUAUAUAAGUUUUU